GCGACAGACGGAAAGCGGCGAUUUAAAUGAUUCGAUGUUGGUAGUGGGACGGGCAGAUGCUGUUUAUUGCUACACCCCUGAGGGAAGGGGUCCUUGUUUUGCUAUCGAAGGAGCAAAGGAAUGUCUGGCUUGGAUCACACCCCAGUUGAAGAAGAACAUAUAUUACAGCAAUUGUUAGAAUAUGGACCAGCAACUCUAGCAGUUGAUCCCACUACCUAUUUAAAUAAUAUAACAUUAAAAAAUGUUGAAGAACCAAAAAAUAUUCUUUCUUUUUGUUCCAUUUUGGCAGAUAAUAACGAUUAUUGCGCUAAAUUGUUAGCCAAGAUAGUAGAAGCCUUUCCUGUCUGUGACGAAAAAUUAUUGUUUUAUUUGCUGGUCUCAUAUCUUACACUAUGGCAUGGAGAAAAAGUUAGUGCAAGUUUUGUCUCAGAUUUCAUAAAGACAAAGUGCUUGCGAUUGGACAAAACUUUGAUUAUAUGUAAACUUUAUACAUUUUUAAAUGCUUUUCAAAGAAUCCAAUGCGAUAUAAAAAAUACAGGCACAUUGCAUAACGAAACAAUAAAUAAGAGUAUUUAUAACUUAAUGAAAAGUAAUUCAGAUUUUGCUUUAAAUACAAAUCUAAGUAAAAAAUCAUUUCUUAUGAUGUUAAAAAGUUCUUGCUCUAAUGAAGAAAUAAGAUCAUUACAGAUAAAACCAAUAUUUAGGGAUGAAUUAUUGCGAAAUAUAGUUGAUUCGGCGAAUGAAUUACAGUUAGUUGAAAAUUACAACGAUAAGAUUAAGAGAUCGAAAUCCAUGCUGUCUCUCUAUUUAAACAAUCCAAUCGAGUUUCGUAAUGAUAAAUGUGACAUCUGUCAUGAAAUCUUAACUUUGCAGUCCAUUUAUUUUCUUUGUCAACAUUCCUUUCAUAAAGACUGCCUUAAUUACGAAUCGACAAAACGUCAAGAAAAAAUAUUAUGUAUUAUUUGUAAAACCAGAAAUUUGAUAAGUCCAAAAAAUUCGUCCAUAUUAUGCCAUGAUUCUUCACAUAUUAUUGCAGUAAUAGCUAAAAUUGUUUCUAUCGGAAAUAAGCUAGGGAAUAAAAGUAUGAGAAAACAAUUUAAAGGCGAAGCGGAUUCAAGAGACGACAAAGGAUGUCAUAAAAAAAGCGAUUACGAUACAUCAUCUAACCCUUUUAAUUAAAAUAUGAUUAAAAAAAAAACCUAUAUUUGGAAUUAUUUAAUUUAUUUUGUAUGUACGUAUCAUACGUUAUAAUAAAUUAAUGUACAUAAACCGAUAAAUUUUAUGGCGCUGCCGACUGCACACAUUCUAUUUUAAAUCUCAGGUCUUUUUCAGAAAUAAAAAAAACACUUUCGAAAACAA